UUUGGAUGCAUUCUUCCAUCGAUUGUGAGUAAGUAGCGUUGAUCGUUGAAUUCUUACGUCUGUACAAUAUCUUCAGUUAUAUAAUUAUUAUUUAUUACUUUAAUUUUAUAAAUAAGAUUUUUUAUUUUUCUGUCGGAGAUAAAAAUUUAUUCUAUUCACCGUUUAAACAUGAACAACUAUUCUGUUGAUAAUGAUACAAUUCAUGAAAUGGAACAGCUAUACUUUAAGAUUAAUAAUAAACAAGUUGUAUUUAAGACAGAUAAACGAACUGUCGACAAACUAAAUGAUGAGGAAGUUUUAAUGAAUUAUGUAAAAGCUAUAAUAAAUUCAAGGAUGCUAGUAUUAAAUGGACAAAGCUUAAUUAAUUAUCCAGUAAAUAUAACAAGGACAGAUAGUUUAAAUACAUCAAGUCCCAUAAUUGAACUAGAGGUCUCAACUAUUGUGCAACCUGAUGGUGUUGAAGAACUUCAUUGUGUACUUUUAAAUGAUGGCAGUCCUGAUGAAAUUAAAUCUUCAAAUGACUUUAAAUCUGUUGUUAUAAGUCAAAAUGGAUCAGACAUCAUUCCUUGGAAUGACAUUAGUGAAGCCUAUGUGCCAGACAAUGCUAUGCCAGCUUUAAAAUGGUCACCUGAAAUGACAUCAUUAUUAAUUGGUCUUCGAGGCAGUCUUAAUGAAGAAUUCAAUUCAUCAAAAUACAAGUUCAAAUUGUGGGAACUUAUUGCUCGUCGUAUGAACAAUGAAAUGCCAUCUGUAAAGGUUACAGCUAAAGAUUGUGAUGACAAAUGGAGAAAUAUUGCAGCGACUUAUAGGAAAAAUAUAGAAAAGAUAAAAUAUAUGGGUGAUUUUAGUGUACGGUGGGAACAUUUUAGUGCAAUGGAUGAAAUACUUCGAGGUACUGAUGAAUUAAAAAAACCAGAAUCUUAUAUUGAAGUUGAUAAAUUGAUUGAUAACGAUAAUUUAAACAGAAGUCCUGACACUGGUUUUAUAGAUAAUGAUAACAAUCAAGUACUGAAUAUGAAUUCAAAUGAUGAUAUGGAUUAUUUUUUUCUGACUUCAACAACCAAUGCUAAUAAUGAAAUUCGAUUAUGGACUCAAGAAAUGAUAUUACUUUUAUUUUCUUUAAGACAUUCAAUGGCUGAUCGUUUUGAUACUGCAACUAAAGAAACAGAAAAGGAUCUUUUAUGGUUCGAUUUGGUGACUAAAAUGAAUAAAAAUCUUGGAUCAAAUGCUGAUAUUGAAUCAUAUGAAGCAGAGUCUUUAUGGAACCAGUGUGUUGAACAAUAUGAAGAGAAUCUUAAUAAAUUAAAAGUUGAAGGACCUCAAGAUGUCAAAUGGCCAUACUUUGCUAUUAUGGAUCAAAUGCUUGGAGGAACUAUUGAAAUUCCAGAUGUUUGUCAUCCUCGACCUGGUGAAGAAUUGGUACCGGUUUUCACUCAAGGAGUAUGGAAAAAAUCUGAAGUGCUAGACAUCUUAAAUAACUGCAAAUUCGAUGACAAUGUGAAUAUGGAUGAAGACUCUGAUCAAAGUGAUGAUAGUUUAGCAGAAACAAAAAGUGGAGUGAAAUGGAGGCCUGAACUUGUUCGAAAAUUAAUACAAUUACGUACAGAUGCUGAAAAUGAAGUAAAAAAGUGGUUCCGUAAACCUAGUUCUAUAUGGACUGUAGUACUGAAAAAAUUUCGUCGUCUUGGAGUUCUUACAUUAACUGAACAAGAUUUAGAAAAUAAAUGGAAUAGUUUAGUCAGGUCGUACAACCAUAGAGUUUCUGGUAUAAGUAAAAAAUCAAAAAAACAAUGGCCAUAUUUUUAUGGUAUGCAUAGUGCUAUUAAUACAAUUGGAAAUGAUAUUAAUUCUUCUGAUAUAUUUUCUAAUGAAGAAAAUAAAACUGACCGACCACCUGAGUGGUUUCUUAGUUAUAUGAGAAAAAAAGAAGCUGUUGAUGCAUAUAAACAUGAACAAUUAAAAAAUAUGCUAGCAGACAUACAACAUAGUCAAAUGGAAAAUAGAAGGUUGAUUCUUUCGAUAUUUAAAAAGCUUUAAUAUAACUUACCUAAAUUAGGGUAUAAAGAAUUAAAAUAACAUUUAAUGACUACUGAAUAUCCUAUGUACAUAUUGUUUUACAAGGCUGAUAGCUAAAAUUGUGAUCAUUUUAUUUUCAUAGUAUUUAAUUAGAUUUUACAUUAACUUAUGGUGAAUUAAAUUUUGUUACUAUUUAUGUGAUGUAUUUAACUAGUUAGUAUCUAUACUUUAUGAUUAAUUUAUUUUUAGUUGAAUUUGAAAUUUUUAUAAAAUAAAAAAAUUGCUUUUUAAACAAA